CCUGUACAAGGAGGCCAUGAUGGAGGAGCACCAGCCUCUUAUAUCACUGGAAAAUCCCAGUAAGGAUUCAGUGGGAACGCUCUUUUCCCCAAAUCAUAAAAGCAAAGAUGAAGAUAUCAUGCAGUGCUCCACGGGAGAAAACCUCAUAACCCUUAAUCCAAGACUACACAGUACAGAUCUAUUGUAUAAUACCCCUAAUCAUAAGGAGCAUUCUAACCAAUUUCACAUUGUUACCACAAAUACAUGUCAGAAAAGCGGUGAAACAUUUCAAUGUGGUAAAGUGUUCUCAGGACUUUCUACACAAAGAACAAUUUUUACAGGAGAGAAGCCAUACUCCUGCUCAGAAUGUGGAAAGUGCUUUACAGACAGAUCAAGCCUUGUUACACAUGAGAGAAGUCACACAGGAGAGAGGCCGUAUUUAUGUUCAGAAUGUGGGAAAUGUUUUACACAAAAAUCAACUCUUGUAAAACAUGGGAGAAUUCACACUGGAGAGAAACCAUUUUCAUGUUCAGAAUGUGGCAAACGUUGUGCACAAAAAUCAGAUCUUGUUAAACAUAAAAGAGUUCACACAGGAGAGAAGCCGUAUUUAUGCUUAGAAUGUGGAAAAUGUUUUACACAGAAAUCAGAGCUUGUUACACACGAGAGACGACACUCAGGACAGAAGCCGUAUUCAUGUUCAGAAUGUGGGAAAUGUUUUACAGUUAAAUCAAGUCUUCUUACUCAUGAGAGACGUCACACAGGAGAGAAGCCAUAUUCUUGUUUAGAAUGCGGGAGGUGUUUUGCACAGAAAUCAGAUCUUGUUACACAUGAGAGAAGACACACAGGAGUGAAGCCAUAUUCAUGCUCAGAAUGUGGGAAAUGUUUUACAGUUAAAUUAAGUCUUGUUUUACACGAGAGAAGACACACAGGCGAGAGGCCAUAUUCAUGUUUAGUAUGUGGGAAAUGUUUUAUUUCUAAAGCACAACUUAAAAACCAUCAGAAAAGCCACACAGAAGAGAUGCUUUAUUCAGGUUGAGAAUGUGGGAAAUGUUUUGUUGCAAUAGCAUCCCAUGUACACCACUGUCCAGCUCCCCAGAGGGCACAGGUUCCUCAUGACUUAACCCACUUCCUCCUCUGUCUUGGUGGCCUGGACCAGCUUGCUUUCCACUGCUCCACCUGCAGGUCUGCUUGUAUCUUGUGACUCCUGCAGCCUGCACUCCACUAUAAGGUCCCCUGGUUCUGUCUGUAGGGCUUAUAGGCGCUUUAAAGCUUUUAAACAUUCAGAGCGUGCACCCCAGUCUUCUCUAGUCAAUGGCUGGUAACCUCAGGGUAUUUAAUGCUCCUUCCCCUGGGGUAGGGUGUCUGAGCUUUAGGUUGUCUAACUUUCUAGUUCCCUGCAAAGUUUUUCUUAUAUGAUUGUCUGUCCAUGUACUGACAUCUGCCAGUUCACCGAUUCAGCAGAGUAAGGCCUCUUUCACAGAAACGAUAAGUAUUGUGUCGGGAUUCGUUCAGUGAAACUCGCACCAUUUUACAAGAAAGUUCAUUAUUGUUUGCCAUUGCGUUCUCCAUUCAACUACUCCACGUCAUGGUACCACCCGGGACCCCAUGCAGGAGGUCACGAUGAUGUCAUUGCGACCUCCUGCGCUGUUCUAUUGCCUCAUGGGCUUCAGGCCUAGCAAUGUAUUAUAUUGUUUGUACAUGAACCCUCUGAUUGUAAAGUGCUGCGGAAAAUGUUGCCACUAUAUAAAUAAAGACAACUUCUUUUAGUCAAUUCUUUUUAGAUUUUUUUUUAAAAUAAAGAGCAAAUAAGACAAGUAGAAAAUCGUAUAACAAGGUCCUUAUCACAUCAUAGGCCCCAAAAGAGAUAUCAAUCAAUAAAGAAUAUAGCGUGUACAAAUGAUGUCUCUGCUAGGUAUCAAAUAGAAGCUGAGUGAAGUGCCAUGAAAACUUAUCAGAAACAUAAGGGGUGCCUCUGUUUAACCCCUUAAUGACCAGCCCUGUGUGAGGGAUGAGAUUCAAUUUGUAUAAAUAUGUCCUCCAUCUUGUGCAUGUGUGGUAAAUUACUGAGCCAGCUGUGAAGACAUGGCAGUUUCUAUGUAUAGAUAGCUACAAGGCCAAGGUAAGCAGCUCCC